CUCUGGAGAAUCAUUCUACUUAUACACCUCGUGCACCUCCGCAUGUUGGCUCCACCCAUUCCAAUCCCAACCGUACUGCAUUGCAUCUUUACCUUGACCUCGGAUUGUUCGUUGUCUGCUUGUCAUUCCUACCAUGGCACGGACUUGCGAAACCAGCCGAAGCCAUUCCAGUAGAAGUACCACGAUCAGCUCUCGACGCUCCGACGACACCGCGCCCACCGAAUAUAGCGCGCGACCGGCCGUGCCACGUACUGGGACGUGCCUCGGUCGUGUAGAAGGGCACUCUCGCGACUACUUCGCGACCGAAGGCACGAUCGACGGCCGCACCUCAGUCGAUACAUACGCCUCAACUUCCGAGGAGGACCUCGCCGACGACUUCGACCAUGUCCCUGAAUACCAUGUCCCGGAGUACACACACACACCGCUCCCAGUCGAUGCUAUCCCCACAACUCCUCGCGACUUUGCAGACCUCUUCCCAACAUCAAAGCGCAUAUCAAUCCGUCACGACGACUCUACGAUCGAUGGGAACAUGAAUCUGCGUGUGGAUACGCAAGUGGAGGAACAUAAUCGGAACAAACAAAACUACACUCUGUUUCAUCUGCGCAUGCACGACUUGCGCACUCGUGAAUUCUCUUUGCGGCGCUAUUGCAGAGAUUCCGGUCGUGAAGUCUGCCACUCCAUCAGGAAAUACCAGAAGCCGCCAUCAGAAAAGCGUCCCGUGUUGCAACGCGCUAGCACUGCCCUCGCGAGUUUUCGCCACAAGCCUGAUUCCCGGCCCUCCACGGCAGGAGGCCUUAAGCGUUCCGAUUCUGGUUACGAAUCCGUACAUGACGUGGAGGUAGACGAGCAUGAGUCACUACCACAGCCGACAGGCUAUGCCAAAGGGCGCGCACUGCUGCCUACCAAUACGCUCAAAUUAGAGUUCUCUAACUAUGCCCACAUCGAUGUCAAGCGCAGAGGAGCGCAUAGUGGCAAAAAGUACGCCUUCGAGUACUGGGGUUACAAUUAUUCGUGGAAACGGGUCGUCAAGCAGGAGAAUAGUCACGAGAGCGUUUCCUACUACCUGAUUCGUUCGGACAAUGAAUCGGAACCCUUGGCUCAUAUCAGUCCUGUCCGGCUGACGCACGAGCAAGCACGCGAAGAGGCAGCAAGAGGAGGCUGGAUUCCGCCUUGUUAUAUGCGCAUAACCGACGAGCAUAUACUGAAGUCGAACAGCGAUAUCUCUGAUGUUGUGGUUGCAACUGGCUUGAUGGCACUAGUUGACGACUGUAUAAAGCGACGUUUCCACCAAAAACAGUCCACUCAGUUACACAUCCCACUUAUCCGGAACAAAUUGCACCUCGACUACAUUGGCCCAAAGCGGCUAAUUGAUGAGAUGUUCAAUCGUACCAGCCGCAGCGGCCCGCCAAGUAGACAGCCAUCUGCGUUACGCCGACCCGCCACGCAAGCGUAGUCUUUCAGAUCGAGCCUCAAAUUGUAUUGUCGGGACUCAUUCCAUUGGAAUGGGGCCCUUAGCGGGUGCAUACAUUUCUUCGUACAUACUCCCUUUCUGCGCUCUGUUUUUUUUGUUUGUUUCAAUGUUGGGAACCGCAUGUGCAUCGGAACUUGGCGUCUAGCGUCUAGCGUUUGGGCACGCAUCGCGGUCACAGAAGUUGAAGUGCGCGCUGUUCUUGAUAUUAUCGUUGCUUUGGCUGGAUCAGAUCAAUGAUCGGAGGUUCUCACCAACAUCGCGAAAGGCGUGGACGUUUGCGAGUGUUUGGCAAUCGUCCCAGUUUGUAUACGAGCUUAUGACUCAUCAUGGUAAUGCAGAAUUCGAGCAGCACGCU